UUCACGCACAGGCAGAAGCUCCUCUUCUCUGUAGAGUUCCAGGGCUCAGAAGGAGGGAAGCGUAUUGUUAAGGGAGACUAUUUGUGCUGUGCAUAAGUGCUUUUGUGGUGGGCCAUCUGGACUGGCAGGAUUUCCUCAGAAUUCAAAGUAUGUUGUCUGAUUUGGAGUACUGGGGAUUGCUGUAAAACUCUGGGAAGGCAGCAAGAAAUGUAGACAGAACUGGUCUGCAGCUCUCGUAACGGAGGUGGCAAGAAUGGAAGACGCCUUGCCUUGUCUUGCUUCGGUGUGCAAUUCCUCAGCACUUAUGAACUUCUGCACCGAUGACAGCAUUUCUGCAGCAAGUACAUCUGAUGUCCAAGACCGCCUUUUGGCUCUUGAACAGAGAGUGCAGCAGCAAGAAGACGAAAUCACUGUACUGAAGGCAGCUUUGGCUGAUGUAUUGCGGCGACUUGCCAUCUCUGAAGAUCAUGUUGCAUCUGUGAGAAAAUCAGCGCCAAGUAAAGGUCAGCCAGGCCUCCGUGAAGCUAUCUCCAUGUCCUGUAUUCCCAACGGAAGCGCAGGGGGCAGGAAAACCAGCCAUAGUCCUUCCGUACCUAUAGCAAGGAAAGAAACGCUCUCAUCUGCUGCAAAAAGCGGUACAGAAAAAAAGAAGGAAAAACUUCAAGGACAUGCAGAGAAAAAAGAGGACUCUCAUUCUCAUGAUCAAAGCCCACAAAUUCAAGCAUCACCUUCACCUUCUCCCCAGCCCUCUGCACAGAUUCACCCAACACACAGGCAGACUUCAGAAGUCAAGAGCUCUGCUCCAGGCAAAAGCGUAAAAAGAUCAUCAACCAUUGAAAAGUCACAUGGUGCAUGGGAAAGUUCAGAAGACAGUCGUAAUAAACUAAUGAGGGCAACUUCUGCAUCAAAAUUGAUAUCCAAAAGUGGCAAGAAUGCAGACAAACACAAAGAUGUCAUUGUCAGCCAAGAAGGAGAGUACAUCAAGAUGUUCAUGCGGGGACGGCCUAUCACCAUGUUCCUUCCUUCAGACAUCGACAAAUAUUAUGAAAUCAAGACAGAGCUGCCUCCUGAGAAAUUAAAACUGGAGUGGGUAUAUGGUUAUCGUGGAAGGGACUGUCGAGCCAAUGUUUACCUCCUUCCUACUGGAGAAAUAGUAUAUUUCAUAGCAUCCGUGGUAGUACUGUUUAACUAUGAAGAGCGGACUCAGCGUCACUACUUGGGACAUACGGAUUGUGUGAAAUGCCUCGCUGUUCAUCCAGACAAAAUCAGGAUUGCAACUGGACAGCUAGCGGGAGUGGAUAAAGAUGGAAGACCUUUGCAGCCCCAUGUGAGAGUCUGGGACUCAGUGUGUCUGACAACUCUGCAGGUUAUUGGCCUUGGGACUUUCGAGCGUGGAGUGGGGUGUCUGGAUUUCUCAAAAGCAGAUUCAGGUUCGCAUUUGUGUGUGAUUGACGAUUCUAACGAGCACAUGCUGACUGUCUGGGAUUGGCAGAAGAAAUCAAAAAUAGCCGAAAUAAAGACAACAAAUGAAGUUGUUCUUGCAGUAGCAUUCCAUCCAACGGAUAAAGACACAAUAAUAACAUCCGGCAAAUCUCAUAUCUUUUUCUGGACUUGGAGUGGUAAUUCGUUAACAAGAAAGCAAGGGAUCUUCGGGAAAUAUGAAAAACCCAAAUUUGUUCAGUGCUUGGCAUUUUUAGGAAAUGGAGAAGUUCUCACUGGUGACUCGGGUGGGAUACUGCUUAUAUGGAGCAAAACUACUGUAGAAGCCACACCAGGGAAAGGAUCAAAAGGUGUGUACCAGAUCAGCAAGCAAAUCAAAGCUCAUGAUGGCAGCGUGUUCACACUCUGCCAAAUGAGAAACGGGAUGCUGCUCACCGGAGGUGGAAAGGACCGGAAAAUCAUUUUGUGGGAUCAUGACUUGAACCCCGAAAGGGAAAUUGAGGUUCCUGAUCAAUAUGGGACAAUCAGAGCCGUGGCAGAAGGCAAAGCAGAUCAAUUUAUACUUGGCACUUCACGGAAUUUUAUUUUGCGAGGAACGUUUAAUGAUGGUUUCCAAGUGGAAGUUCAGGGUCACACAGAUGAACUCUGGGGCCUAGGAACACAUCCCUUCAAAGAUCUGUUCUUAACAUGUGCUCAAGAUCGGCAAGUUUGCAUGUGGAAUUCGGUGGACCACACGCUCGAAUGGACCAGGCUGCUAGAUGAACCAGGACAUUGUGCUGAUUUCCAUCCAAGUGGAACGGUGGUAGCAAUAGGAACACACUCAGGAAGGUGGUUUGUUCUGGACGCCGAAACGAGAGAUUUAGUUUCAAUACAUACAGACGGCAACGAGCAGCUCUCGGUGAUGCGCUACACCGUAGACGGCACCUUACUUGCAGUGGGAUCCCAUGACAACUUCAUUUACCUCUACAUAGUAACAGAAAACGGAAGGAAGUACAGCAGAUAUGGAAAAUGCACGGGACAUUCCAGCUAUAUUACGCACCUUGACUGGUCCCCGGAAAAUAAGUACAUCAUGUCAAACUCGGGAGACUAUGAAAUACUAUACUGGGACAUUCCAGCUGGCUGUAAACUAAUGAGGAAUCGUUCUGAGUGUAAGGACAUAGAUUGGACAACAUACACUUGUGUGCUGGGAUUUCAGGUAUUUGGAGUGUGGCCUGAAGGAUCGGACGGAACAGAUAUAAAUGCUCUCAUCAGGUCCCACAACAGGAAGGUGAUAGCAGUUGCUGAUGACUUUUGUAAAGUCCAUCUAUUUCAGUACCCCUGCUCCAAGGCAAAGGCCCCAAGUCACAAAUACAGUGCCCACAGUAGUCAUGUGACAAACGUCAGCUUCACUCACAGUGACAGUCACUUGAUUUCAACUGGAGGCAAAGAUAUGAGUAUCAUUCAGUGGAGACUUGUAGAGAAAGUAGCUUUGCCGCAGAACGACAUUACCGUAGAAAUGGGCAUGCCCAAAGCGCCUGUAAGUGCCAGUGAGAACUUCGUACAGCCAAGCACACCUGUUCCCCAUACUCAGCCUUUUGACGAAACAGCAGCCCGUGAAAGUGUAACGGAUGGUUCCCCGACAUCUUUGGAGAGUAAUCUGGAACAGACUGUGGAGGCCAACGAAGAGCAGAAUGAGGAGCAAAGUGAUGGCAGCAGUCUCGAUCCAGGUGAGCCAAACUUCGAAGAACCAUCCAACGAAACCAGCGAGGAGCAGAGUGGAUCCACUGUUACGGAAGACCAGCAAGAAAACUCUCCGGUGUCUUAACAGCUUGAACUCAGAUGACCUUUAUACAUUUUUCCCUCGGUGUGCAUACUUUUGUAAAGGGGAAGAGGGUUCAGGUAGGGGAAGGGAAGCAGCUCCGAAUCAGGAGCACUCCAGUUGUUGGGUUUCAGUGGAAGGUUUUUAGUCUGACCUUCGGUUUUCAAUGCAUGGAACUAUUGUUAAGGAUCCAUCUUGACAGUUCCAGUCAAGAGCUGGUCAGGAUAGUAGGAUGUAGCUGUGGAUUAAAUGUACUUCUGAAAUUGCUGUCAGAAAGAGGCACAUGAUGCAAAUGACGUGGAGUGGAGAUAGGAAGGAGGAAUUUGCUUCAGUCAUAGGUUGAGGAAGGGGGGGAAAGUCUUCUGUGAAAGAAUGUCUAACACCAAACAGAAGCGCUGAGUAAUACCUGCUGCGUAAUGCAUCCCAGGUGCAAGCUCUUUAUGGAACUCUCCUUGCUUUUUUAUAUUAAAAACAGAAGGAGAGGAGAAGACAACAAACAUCACAACAGAGCCAUAUAAUGUAUCCUGCUUACUGCCUUCUUGAUUAAUACCUAUGCAAUUUUUUAACACUACUAAUUCCUACUAGCCUCCAGGCACACUCUGCCCUGGGUGCUGCUGGUUCUAAGGCGACUCAUAUUAAAGAACAUUUCCCAUUGUUCCCCGAUGAUGGAUCUUAUAAAAACUGAACUUAAGCUUUGCUUAGUCUUUAAUUGAUGACCGCUGUCUGACACCUUUUUCAAGGAGCUACUUGCCUAGCCAUAUUGAAACUCAAGAACACCUACUGUGACCUUGAUGUGAACUGACUUGAUUGCAUGAUGACAAAAGUUCUAACUCUCAAGUUAAAACUUGGCCUUCAAAUACAACUCGUUCCCUCAAUAAGAGGCUAAAUAUUAGAGGAGUACCCUUAAGUUAUGAAAUCUGGUGCUUGGGGUUAAUGUAAUAAAUCAAUCACUUCCAAAAACUAUUUAGGGGUAACCAUAAGAAUAAUAAAAUUUCAAAUAGGCUUUUUUCUACAGCCUCCUUUUUAAUAGCUGUAACGUAAAUGUCACAUUUACUUGGAUUAUGUUGGAUAUUUUUUGGAUUUUUUCCCUAUUUUGUGUGUUAUAUUUUUGUGUGUGUUUUGUUUUUGUUUUUUUCCUCGUUGCCCAGUUUUUGUAAGCCAUGCAGCUCUGAGAUGGCUAGACCUGGCCAGUUAUGGAAUAUCAUGGCAUUUUAUUAUGCGUUUGGAAAAAAUACCUUUUUAUAAAAAAAAAAAAUACACCAAAAAUAACCCUGUCAGCUACAUUUUUCUUAAGUACCUAGAGUUUCCUACAUUUAAAAGAGUUUGCUGACACAAAAAAUCCUACUUGUUUAUGUUUUGAUUACAUAGGAUCUUUUUAUUAUUAUUAUUGUGCUGAUAUUUUAGAGUUUAGUUAGAAAUCGUGUUUAGAAACUUUGGAUGAGUUUGUUAAGUCUUAAGUGUGCAAGCGUUUACGUGAUUGUGCCAUUCCAAAGUGCAUCAGAACUGUCAUUCCCUUCUAGUAUCUUCUCAGGAGUAAAUGCUACAGAUCAGGUAUCUAAUCUAUUCAUCAUUGAGAACGCAAAUGGACUCCCAAUGGACACGUAUAAACACACACACACACACACACACACACACAUGCACACAUGCCUGUUUACAUCCGUUCCGGAAAACCUCAAAACAGUUCCCUUCAAUCGGAGAGAGUUGUGGAUUCCAGGCAACCCAUCUGUUUGUUUUUAACUGUACUGUUAAGUAGUAAUGGUGUUGGAGAGCUCUAGGGUGUGACUGACCACUUUUCCAAAUUAUGUCAGUGGGCAAUAGAAAUUGUCACAUGAAGGUAAUGGAUUCCUUUGGAUGUUAUCCAACUAGUGACCCUCUGUCAAGAAUAGGCAUGUCCUAGCCCAAUAGGGAAGGCGAGAUUUUUCAGCAGGUCCGCCUCCCUUCCAGCCCCCACACCUCCCAAACGCUCAAGCAGAUUUGGGGGGCACAAAAGGGCCUACUGGGGGUGGGGGGAGAACUGAUUUACAAAAAUCACCCCCUCCCCUGUUCCACUGAAAAAUGCCUCCUGUUGGUGGAGUAGUUAGAUAGCAGCAUUUAAAGGGGAUAUUACCAAAGGCACAACCCUAUGCAUGUUUAGACAGAAAAAGUCCUACAACUCCUAGCAUUCCUUAGCCAGUAUGGCUUGCUGUGGGAUGCUGGGAGUUGUAGGACUUCCUCUGUCUAAACAUUCAUAGGAUUAUGCCCCAAUGUGAUAAAGUACUUCUAGCAAUGUUUGUCAAAGCUGAUGGAAGAUGGAGUUUUAUUACGUACUCAAUGAUUACCAUGAAACAAUGCAUUUCAUUUGGAAAUAUCUAUUACCAUGGGGUUGCCAUGUAAAAUGAGAGUUAAUAGUUGUGAUUUUUUUUUCUCAUGUUGUAGGUUAAAGGUGUUUUUUUUUCUAAUAUGCAAAAAAAAAAAGAAGCCUUACAGCUUUCGAUUGCUGGCAACUACUGUUUAAUGGAUAAUUAAAUCUGUGAUAAUGGAUGGAAAUGGGUGGGAUUAUGUUAUCUGUAGAUGUUCUAGGGGAAAAUUGUGAAUGAAAUAUGAUUUAAGAGUGUCAUGUGAAGAUGUUUGAGCCAUUUCUAUCUAUCAUGCAUUCCUGUCUCAUGGCAGAAAAAAAUUGAAGAUUUAAAAAUAAUAAUAAAACAAAAUCAAAGGAA